ACAGAUGACAAAAUGUCAGUUAACAGCAGAAAAAUCUCUGGACGUCCAUCCUAUUACUACAGACUGUUGGGGAGGUCACGUCUUCAGAGACAACGCAGUCGAUCCAGGAGUCGCAACAGGCCAGGCAACAGGGAUUCUCCAAUUGAAAGACCUGGCCGGAGACGCAGCAUGCCUGGGACUGCUCCGGAGGAAAACCCCUCCACAGAAUUACCCACAUCUACACCGUUUCGUGUGACGGGGUUCCUGAGCCGUCGACUGAAAGGCUCCAUCAAGAGGACAAAGAGCCAGCCCAAACUCGACAGGAACAGCAGCUUCCGCCACAUUUUACCUGGAUUUAGGAGCGUGGAGAAUGAAAGAUCACGUCUGAUGCCGAGGUUGAAAGAAUCACGUUCUCACGAGUCUUUGCUCAGUCCCAGUAGUGCUGUAGAGGCACUGGAUCUCAGUAUGGAGGAAGAAGUGACAAUUAAAUCUGUACACAGCAGCAUUCUGGGACAAGAUUACUGUUUUGAAGUGACAACGUCAACAGGCAGCAAAUGUUUUUCAUGCCGUUCAGUAGCAGAAAGAGAUAAGUGGAUGGAAAAUCUCAGGCGUGCAGUACAGCCAAAUAAGGAUAACAGCAGACGUGUGGAGAACCUGCUCAAACUGUGGAUUAUUGAAGCCAAGGAUCUGCCAGCCAAGAAAAAGUACUUCUGUGAACUCUGCCUCGAUGACACGUUGUAUGCACGGACUACCUGCAAGCUGAAAACGGACAAUGUUUUCUGGGGAGAACACUUUGAAUUCAGUAACCUGCCCACAGUAAAAAACAUUACAGUGCACUUGUACAAAGAGACCGAUAAGAAGAAAAAGAAAGAUAAGAAUAAUUAUGUGGGUCUGGUGAAUAUUCCUAUAGCAACUGUGACAGGGCGACAGUUCCUGGAGAAGUGGUAUCCUGUGAGUGUGCCCAAUCCGAGCAAGGGCAAAUCAGCAGGGCCAAUGAUUCGAAUCAAAUCUCGCUACCAGAGCAUGAGCAUUCUUCCAAUGGAGCUCUACAAAGAGUUUGCUGAAUACAUUACAAAUAAUUAUAUGCUCAUGUGUACAGUGCUGGAGCCUGUGCUGAGUGUGAAGAGUAAGGAAGAGAUGGCUUGUGCAUUGGUACACAUUCUGCAAAGCACUGGGAAAGCUAAGGAUUUCUUGACAGAUUUGAUGAUGUCAGAAGUUGAUCGUUGUGGGGACAAUGAGCAUCUAAUUUUUCGGGAGAACACCUUGGCGACCAAAGCAAUAGAAGAGUAUCUGAAGUUGGUUGGGCAGAAGUAUCUCCAGGAUGCACUUGGAGAGUUCAUCAAGGCUCUCUAUGAAUCAGAUGAAAAUUGUGAGGUGGAUCCAAAUAAAUGCUCAUCGGGAGACCUCGCUGAACAUCAGAGCAACCUGAAAAUGUGCUGCGAGCUGGCAUUUUGCAAGAUCAUUAAUUCUUACUGCGUAUUUCCACGAGAAUUGAAGGAAGUGUUUGCAUCGUGGCGACAGGAGUGUAGCAACCGAGGGCGACCUGACAUCAGUGAGAGACUAAUAAGUGCUUCCCUCUUCCUGCGGUUCCUCUGCCCUGCCAUCAUGUCCCCUUCUCUCUUCAACCUCCUGCAGGAAUACCCAGAUGACCGCACGGCACGCACACUGACUCUAAUAGCCAAAGUUACCCAGAACUUAGCUAAUUUUGCCAAGUUUGGUAGCAAAGAGGAAUACAUGUCUUUCAUGAAUCAGUUCCUCGAGCAUGAAUGGACGAACAUGCAGCGAUUCCUACUGGAAAUUUCCAAUCCAGAAACCAUUUCAAAUACAGCUGGAUUUGAAGGGUACAUUGAUCUGGGCCGUGAACUCUCCACUCUGCAUUCGCUGCUCUGGGAAGUGGUUUCGCAAAUGGAACAGGCAACUGCAACAAAACUUGGCCCCUUGCCCCGCAUUUUAAGAGAUGUCAAUACAGUGUUGACCAAUCCAGGAGCUGUACCUGCACCAUCAACUUCUGAGCCUUGCACUUCAACACCAAAUCCCACGAAUAGCAGCAUAUCCUCAGGGCUGCAGAAGAUGGUGAUAGAUAAUGAUCUUAGUGGUUUAUUAGACUGUACAAGGUUACCCUCUCCUACCCCAGAAAACAAGGACUUGUUUUUUGUCACAAGGUCCUCUGCUAUACAGCCAUCCCCAGCUCGCAGCUCAAGCUAUUCCGAAGCCAAUGAACCUGAUCAACAAAUGCCAAAUGGCAAUAAAAGUGUCUCAAUGGUUGACUUGCAAGACAAUCGCAGUUUGGAGAGUACAACAAACAUUCCGCCAACAGGUGAUUCCCUAAAUGACAGUCAAGGAUCAAGUGGGCAAACACAGGCGAUGUGGCAGUCAAGAGCACCACAAAGUGCAGCUCCGGGUGGUCCUGGCCCUGCGCACGUCGGUCGAAAGCCCGGACAAACCGCAAGCACCCCUAAUGCUGAUGGUGCACCAGGAAGGCCCCAGCUUUUGGCACCGUUGUCUUUUCAAAAUCCAGUGUAUCAGAUGGCAGCAGGUAUACCAGUUUCACCACGUGGAGUAGCCGACUCGGGAUCAGAAUGUCACAGCUCUAUUAGUUCACAUAGUAAUAACGAAGAACUGGCAGCCAACAAGCCUGCUUUCCACAGUCACACAAGCACAGAGGAUUUCGCCAGGCGCACCGGGGAAUUCACAAGACGACAACUUUCCCUGACAGAAAAAAUACCCCAGAUGUCAGUGCCACGUCAAAACAGUGCUGGCCCACAAAGGCGAAUAGAUCAACCUCCACCAGCAGCCAGAGGUAGGACACCACCCGCCUUAUUAUUCAACACCACUCAGUAUCCGAGGCCUUCCAGUGGAGGUGUGACACAGUCCUCGUCAGAGUGGCCAAGUACCGGCACAAAGUUGCGACAGCAGUCGUCCUCGUCCAAAGGAGACAGUCCUGAAAUGAAACAACGCACGGUGCACAAACAGGCCCCCUCACCUGCGAAUGCCUUGUCCUCAGUGGACCGCACUGCAGCAUGGCUGAUGAAUAUGAACAUGCAGUUCAUAGAUGAUGAAACAGUGGACCCAGGCUCUAAGCACAGGGAUGAUGUCAGACCUAAAGAGGAACUUAGCCAGAUAGAGAAGUAUCAGCAGGAGAUUGCCAUACUUCAAGAUAAACUGAGGGCUUCCAAUAGGAAGCUGGAGGAAUAUGAGGUUCAUUUAAAGAACCAAGAGGAGAAGCACAAAGAGAUGAUGCUGGAGUACCAAGCCAGGCUGGAGGAGGGUGAGGAACGACUUCGCAGACAAGCAGGAGGACAAGGAUGUGCAGAUGAAGGCAUAAUCAGCAGAUUAAUGGCUGUGGAAGAUGAACUGAAGAAAGAUCACGCAGAGAUGCAAGCAGCAGUAGACUCCAAGCAGAAGAUCAUUGAAGCCCAAGAGAAACGAAUUGUCUCCCUGGAUGCUGCUAAUGCCCGUUUGAUGAGUGCACUGACACAACUGAAGGAGCGAUACAGCAUGCAGAGCCGAAAUGGAAUCUCCCCAACCAAUCCCACCAAACUCCAGAUCACUGAAAAUGGGGAAUUCAGAAACAGCAGCAACUGCUGAUGUGCUGACCUACAUGCGUGACAGGAGUUACCUUGUAUCAUGAGUGCUUUCAACACAGGGUGUGCUAAAGCACUGGCAUUAGCUACAGCAACAGAGAAAACCUGCGUCCAAAUAUCUUGUGAUUAAAUUAGUGUUUUUAUAAAAGUAUAUUUAAGGUGGCCACCUGGUGUCAAAGAGAAGCAUGUUGUUACAACAAAAGUAGUGAGCCUUAGAAAGUUUUCAAGCAAAUGUCUUGCACUGGAGUAGAAUCCAUAUAAGGUAAAUUUAGGUGCUUAAUCUGAGUGUUUAAUGAGAUUUUGAAAUGAAACAGUUGCAACCAAAAAGCAAUCUCAAUAUUUUUCCAGUGCAUCUUCUAUUUGAUGACCCCUGAGCAACUCAUUUUUAAAAACUUGUACCUUCAAUUUCACGUGGACUCAUUGAAGUCAACAUUCCACAUGAAUGCCUCUCUGUAGAAACUGGAAAUGUUUGGUUAUUGCUUUAUUUCCAUCAAUAUUGAGUAUACAGACGUAAGUAUAGACCAGUUUUAUAGAUUUAAAGUGAUUAUUUCCCAUUGUUAUUUCUAAAUUAACUGAUGAUUACCACUUUCCGAUUUUGACCUACUUGUGCUGUUUCUAUCCGUGUUGGAUAGAUAAGAGGAGAAUAUCUGUCUGUUGCUGUUGACAGUUUGCCAGCAAUGCCUGUAUUGCACUUUUACCAUGCACAUGAUGUUGUCUUUUGGGAAAUACAAUUUUCCUACUUUGAAACUUUUUAUAAGAAAUGCUUUUCUUAACAGCUGAUGGCAAUGUGAAGAUUCUUGUACAAUCUUCUCUCCAGAUUAUACCACUCAGACAUCUGACCAAGCAAAGCCACCUUCUGUUUUAGGGAAUAAUGCUUUAAGGACUUUUAACCACUACAUUAAAGUUACUAAGGUGAGAUGGGAGAAUGCAGAUUGCACUGGGAGUUAUCCACUGAGAAAAUCUGUCUCUGAAAAGAUCCAUUGACUCCUAAUUGGAAAUGAGAGAAAAAGCACUGCCGUGAAUCAAAGUAAGAUACAAAAGGAAGCAGUUGGAAAUCUUGUGUUCAUUGCAACUACGUGAAUCACUACCUAAUGGAUGCAUUUAAUCUGUGUUUAUCAUCUCGGUUAUGUUCAGUGUGACUUGAUAAGCUGAUAUUCUUUCCAUACAUGCACCAUUGUUUUAAAACAAAUUGAUGGUUUGGUGCAUUUUACCCUCCAUAUCCUGCUGCUCCCAUGGUAACAUGGACUUGGCCACUGCUGCUUGAAAAGAAAAUUUCUGAUUUAAAAAAAAUACACAUUUGCAACUAUACUGUACUAACAGUUCUGCUAAAUUUAUACCUAUGUGUUUGUGCAGGUAUUUUUAAAGAAACAUGAAAAAAACAACUUCCUUUCCAAUUUUACUUUUAACUGUGCAAGUCAGUUUUUGCAUCUGUGUUGUGUUAAAGCUCUCUCUAUGUAUCCGGUGUAAACUGUAUAUAGUUAACAUCUGUUUCUGGUACUGCUUGUCUCAAAGUCGCUGCAGAGUGACUGCAUCUUUAACUGCUGUUUAUGUUGUUUAAAAUGUCUGAUAAAAGCCAAUGGUGGCAAAUUAAAACCACUUUAUAUAGGCAAACAAAAUCACUGUGUGAUUGCAAUCUGUGAUUCUGUAGUUCUUCAGGCCAUUUGUUAUAUUUACUGACUUUUCAGAUUUGCAGCAUCUUGAGUUGCAUUUGUAUUUAGCUACACUGACAUAUGACAAGUAUCACGACUGCACCAGUGAUUUGGUAAACAACUAUGGUUUCACAAAAGAAACAAGCUUGGUUCUCAGUACCGAUUUAGGCACUGCCAUGGAAUGCGAGCAGUCGUGGAGGCUGCAACAGAAUGUCCUGCUGUCGAAGGCAUUAGCAAAACUAAGAUGUGAAGCAAAAGAGCUUUUAAGUGCACUGCCAAGCCAAAUUGUCUAUACCUGCCUAAUAUCCACCUAGCAUUACAGUUUGCAAAUAAGCCUUAAGAGGUUUUUUAUUACUUUGUACUUUUUUUUAAUUGCAGUCAAAAAGUUUUAUAAUUUUAGAUGUUUUUUUAAAGGGUGUGUAAAAUAUUCUGUGGAUCCAUAAGAAGCAGUGUUUACAAUUUGAAUUAAAUUGCACGUUGUUAUUUUUAUUUCUUUUAUAACUGUGAAAGUGUUUUAAUGUAGAUAAUUUCUCAAUGUCAAGCCAUUCCAUUGUUUUUAUUUCUCUCAAGUUUAUGGCAGGGGAAUGAAAGCCAAGGUCCACACCCCUAGUGGGACUGUGGGUUGAGUCAGCAGUUCUGGGAUCCGUUAUUUUGUAUAUCUCAUGCCGUCAUUGCUUCUGGUAUUAUUUCCAGUGCUGUAUAUGGCUAGAAGUAUUUUCUGCAUAAUAAUAUAAUUUUUCCUUGUGUGGCUGAGACUAUCUUUAGAAGUUAGAGCAGGAAGCCACUUAGGAUUUAUUAAUACAUGCAGAGUCCCAGAGUGCAUCAUUUGUAGGGAGUUUCCACACAAAAUAGAAAAACAUUUAUUUGAAUAUAUGU